AUGCGACAAUGUCAAGAGCAAGGCUGCCGCAACCAGCUCGGCCGCGCCGAAGUUAAUUACUGCAGGCGCUGCACAAGGAAUCGGAUCGCGUCCCAGAACAUGCAGCAGCAGCAGUCUCAAUUUCAGCAGCAACAGCCUCAGCCUCAGCAGCAGCAUCACUUCCAGCAGCAACAGCAUCACUUUCAGCAGCUGCUGCCUCAAUUUCAGCAGCAACAAGGUGGAUAUGGCGGGAUGGGCGGAAUGAUGGGUGGAAUGGGAUUUACGUCGGCGAUGGCGGCGGCGCCAAUGGCAAAUGCCUCGAGGCCAGCGCCGAUCACGACUACUGAUGCGGUGACGAUUGCGGCUCUGACCUUCAAUCAGCAAAAGUUCGAGCACGAUGAGGCUCGCGCGGCACGCGUGCACCGCGAAGAGCUGGAGAAAGCGAAGAUCAAGGUACCCGCGCACGCGCCCGCGCCCGCGCCCACCCGCGCUUCCCAGCGCCCAGCAAAGAAGCAGAAAUCGGAGAGGCCGCCAGCCGGUUACCAGUGCAAUCACUGUCUGGAACUUGGGAAGACUGUGUACCAAGCCGGUACUCACUUCUUCGACGACUGCAGUUUCUUGACGAAGAGGCAGAAGGAGGGUGUGUGGAAGAAAAAGAAGCGUGAGGUCCGGGCGGCUGCGCAGGAGGUUGCGGCUACGUCUGCAUCUGCAGCAGCGCCUGGACUUGCAGCGUCUCCAGCAGUUUCAGCACCGCCAGCAAUCCCCGCCUUCAAGCAGGCGCCAGCUUCACCUGUGCCAGAGAGCACCACUUCAGCAGAUUCGCCUGCCUUCGCCAAGGCAAAAACUUUCUUCAAGGGCGCGCUGAAGCGCAUGAUGGACGAGCAGCCCGAGAAGUCUGCCCUGGAAUGCGGCAAGGAGCUCCGCGACAACUUCAAGGAGCGCUUGACCAAUGCCACUAUCUUUGGCGGUGACCAGGGCUGCUUGGAGCACCUUGAGGACRGCAAAGUUUUGAUAUUGGCAGACGAUUUCAUUAAGUAUGCCGAGAUCAACGAGGAGUAG